UCCUCUUUCCCUUAACACUACCACAAUUGACAUGUCUGCCUACCCCGCAUUCGCUAUGGGAGGUCUCUGCAUGAUGGGCGGUGUCGCCGGCUUUGCGCGGACACGUAGCGUGCCCUCCCUUGCGGCCGGACUCGGUGUCGGAGCCUUAUACAUGUGGGCUGGAGACCGCAUUCGACGAGGGCAGCCGAACGGGCUCGAGGGUGCGAUUGGUGCAUCUGCGGUCCUCUUCCUGUCAUCUGCUCCACGACUGCGCCGCGGUGGUGUUCCGAUUGCGCUGACCUCGACGUCGGCCAUGGCGGGUCUGUACUACGCGAAGACCGUGUACGGACUCAGCCAGCAGCAGCUGCAGAUACAGUCUGCCAGACUCUGAGCCUCUCCUUCCUCCACGGGUCGCGUGCCAGUUGUGUGGUCCCACACAAGGGCACUGAGACCGGCUGGCCCCGCAGUCGCCGCCUCUUCUUAUUCCAGCAUCGUCACUUUGAUUUGUACCCAGUCAUGUACUUUUAUUACACGCAAACUCAGCUUUGUCUUGUCA